AUGCCUGCAGCAGGUGGGGCAGGGCUGCGAGCUUCUCGGUCUCGUUCUGCUGCUGCUGCAGCAGCAGCAGCAGCAGCAGCAGGAAAGCGAAGCAGCAAGAAACGCACACCUACAGGAGCAGCAGCAGCAGCAGCAGCAGCAGCAGCAGCAAAGACAGACAAAGAAGCAGCAGCAACAGCAGCAGAAGACCUGCUGCUGGGGCCCCUCAAUGAAGAGGAGGGGGACCACAUAUGGGCCCCCCAUCGGUACCCUUUUGGCUGCUAUCCCUGGCCUCUGUUGGAGGGGCCCCCGGGGGCCCCCCCUGGGGGCCCCCCGGGGGCCCCCCUGGGGGCCCCUGCGCGUACACCUAGCUCCACACGAAGGUCUAGAAGCAGCAGCAGCAGCAGCAGCAGCAGCAGCAGCAGCAGCAGCAGCAGAUGCGGGAAUGAGGGUUUAUAUGUGCUGCAGGUAUGCUCCUUAUCGCCGUCAGUAUUAGACAGCCUGCAGCAGCAACUGCAGCAGCAGCAGCAGCAGCAGCAGCAGCAGCAGCAGCAGGGUGAAGAAGAUGAAGAGGAGGAUGCUGCAGCGCAUGCAGCAGCAGCAGCAGCAGCAGUAUUCCCUGCUGCAGCAGCAAGCGCAGUGUAUGUACACCCCGUAUCUCUUAAGGUUCAUCUGCUGCGGCUGCAGCAGCCUCUCCCCUUUAUAGAUGUAUUGGUGGUGGGGGCCCCCUAUCCCGCAGCAGGAGUCUGUCUCGGCUUAUACUGGAGGAUAUUCAUAUAA